AUGGCAGCUACUGUGCUUGGGCUCCUCGCGCUGCUUGCUGUGCCGGCGGCAGCAGAUUUGUUCCCAGAUUGUGUCCAUGGACCUCUUGCAAACAAUACUGUCUGUGAUACAUCUGCCUCGGUGGCAGACCGAGCCAGGGCGCUCAUUGGAGCCAUGGAUCUCGACGAGAAGUUCAACCUGACAGGCAACACUUCUCCAGGAGUGCCACGUUUGGGGAUCCAUAGCUACCAAUGGUGGCAGGAAGCACUGCACGGCGUGGCAAGCUCCCCAGGUGUGACAUUCAGCCCAAAUGGAGAGUUCUCUUAUGCCACCUCCUUCCCGCAACCGAUUCUGAUGUCGGCGGCCUUUGACGAUGCGUUGAUUCAUGCUGUUGCGACUGUUAUCAGUACCGAAGCACGCGCCUUCAACAAUGCCAACCGGAGCGGACUGGACUAUUGGACACCCAACAUCAACCCGUACAAAGAUCCACGUUGGGGCCGCGGACAGGAGACUCCGGGAGAAGAUCCUUUCCAUCUCAAGUCCUAUGUUGCUUCCCUGAUCGACGGUCUUCAAGGUGGUCAUGAUCCAGCCAUCAAAAAGGUCAUCGCUACCUGCAAGCAUUUUGUAGCCUACGACCUGGAGAACUGGGUGACAACAGACCGAUACAACUUUGAUGCCCAAGUCACCACCCAAGACCUUGCUGAAUACUACAUGCAACCGUUCCAGACCUGUGCCAGAGACUCCAAUGUUGGCUCAAUCAUGUGUUCCUACAAUGCCUUGAAUGGCGUGCCAACCUGUGCCGACCCGUACAUUCUCCAGACCAUCUUGAGGGAACACUGGAACUGGACGGGCGAGGGCCAGUAUGUGACCUCUGACUGCGACGCCAUUCAAAAUAUCUAUUCGCCCCAUGAUUACACGACAUCUCGAGAGCAAGCUGUCGCCGACGCCCUAAAAGCAGGGACCGAUCUCAACUGUGGCACAUACUAUCAGACACAUCUGCCUGGCGCUUUUGAACGGGGACUGUUCAACGAAAGUGUGCUCGAUCAGACCCUCAUCCGUCUUUAUUCGUCCUUGAUACGCCUGGGGUAUUUUGAUCCUGCAUCUGCCACGCCGUAUCGCUCCCUCGGCUGGCAGAAUGUGUCGACCCCGGCAUCCGAAGCUCUCGCAUUGAAGGCCGCUGAGGAAGGCAUUGUGCUUCUGAAGAAUGAUGGCACACUGCCCUUGUCCUUGCCGACAAACAGAAACACCACCAUCACUCUAUUUGGCGAAUGGGCCAAUGUGACGACGCAGUUGCAAGGGAACUACUUUGGCCAGGCAAGAUUCCUUCAUGCACCUCUCUAUGCUUUGCAGCAAUUGCCGCACGUCAAUGUCAAAUACUCCAGCACCCUGAACAACAUCAACUUCCCUACCACAGACAACUGGGAUGACCUUAUGUCGGCGGCGGAAGAAGGCGACAUCGUGAUCAUCGCAGACGGCAUCAACGACGACGACGAGAGCGAGAGUCUGGAUCGAUACGACAUCAGCUGGGCUCCGGGGAGGGUCGAUCUGAUCAAUCAGGUCGCGGCCAUGGGCAAACCUGUCAUCUUGCUUCAGAUGGGUGACCAGCUCGACGACACUCCCUUCUUGAACAACCCUAACGUCUCGGCCAUCGUGUGGGGUGGCUACCCAGGCAUGGCUGGAGGUGAUGCUCUCAUCAACAUUGUCACGGGCAAGGUGGCGCCAGCAGGAAGACUUCCUGUCACACAAUACCCUGCCAACUAUGUUGAACAGGUCGCCAUGACCGACAUGAACCUAAGACCCAACGCCUCGUCUGGCAAUCCGGGAAGAACAUAUAAAUGGUUCAGUGAUGCUGUUCUUCCGUUCGGAUACGGUCUACACUACACCAACUUCAGUCUAUCAGUGGCUCAACCUCAGCAGUCAAGUUUCAAUAUCUCCCAGCUCGUGUCGGGCUGCGAUCGCUCGACGCACAAGUACCUCGACCUGUGUCCCUUUAGCAGCUUCAAGGUCAACGUCACCAACACGGGCAAAGUCGCGUCAGACUUUGUGACGUUGGGAUUCAUCAGUGGCCAGAAUGGACCCGCGCCACAUCCCAUCAAGGAGCUUGUUGCGUACCAAAGACUGUUCAACAUCACAGGGGGCUCCUCGCAGACGGCGACACUGAACUUGACGCUAGGCAGUCUGUCGCGACGGGAUGAGAAUGGCAAUGAAAUCCUGUACCCCGGUGACUAUGGAUUGCUGGUGGAUGUCCCGACUCAGGCGACGGUGAACUUCACCUUGACAGGUAGCCCAGUGACGCUUGACCAGUGGCCACAGAGACCUGCCAGUGGAUGA